UACUUGUACUCGUGGUGCUGGCUGGCUACCCCCUUCCACGUCCCAUCAUUUGCCAGACUGCCAUCGCUCAUCCCUGUUCUUCAUCCUCUUCCCACACCCCUGGGCCGCGAACCCCACACCUCAAAGGUGGAGAUGCGGUACGUAUAUGGGGUGUCCAAGCUACUUAGCUGUAGUACCGCCAUGGUGCACAAGUACCUUUUGGGUUCCACACUGCCCACCUUGCAGCUUUGGCGCCUCCCCAGUCUCGCUCGCUCUCUCCUUCUAGCCCCCCUUCUUCACAACACACGCCUCUCCGACUCUUGCACAAUCCCUGCCUGCCCCGGCAUGGUACCGCUUCUUUACCCCUACCCCCGUACCGCACCGCACCGCUCCAUGCCAUGCUUGCUCAUCCAAGUCCAAAGGUACGGACGGGCCCAAAAGACCAAGGACCAAGGUACUCACUCACACGCUCGUCGACGGAUACUUCUAUCUCAGUGUGCUUCUUUCCCUUCUUACAUACAUCUCUGGCACAAUCCCUCUCCUUCCACUCCACCACCUGGGACCUACCUUUUUACAUUACAUUACCCGCCUUGCGCCUGCCUUACCUUGCCGGCCUUACCUCAGUCCUUCUCCUACCCCCUUCCCUCUACUUUGACCUUUUCCGAGGUGUGCCCUUACUUGGUUUCUUCGACCCAAUCCGCCGAUCGGCCACAACUUCCAUCCAUCCUCCUUCCCAUCGAGCAUCGCUACCUCCUCGACUUGGAGGGGGGUUUCUUCUUUCUUUUUCCCAUCUCCUCUCCUGUCACCGCAAGAGGGAAGUUGAAUCAGCAACUGCCGUCACCGACAUCACCGCCGCCACAUCUCUCAUUCAACCUUACACUGGCACACAACCACCACGCGACUCGACUCACCGAGCUCACCACCAAUUUCCUCGCUUGGAUGAGCCAGACCUGACCUCACCUCCAUUCCACGACGGCGACAUCGCAAUAACGUCAAUCGACGACGCUAUCGCUCACCUUUGCGCACCUGCCAUCAUCCUGGAGAUCGGAUCAUUGCCAGAUUCGCCUUCGCAUUUAAAUUAAUCAUUCCAGCCACACCGCCUGCGCGGCGCAACUGCCACCCCAACUAUCGCAUCUUAUCGCAC